UCUUCUUCCAGAGACAGAGGUGAGUUAACACGAAGGUUAUUUUACAUGAAGGAGGAACUGUUUUGGACCAAAACACUGCCGCGAGAAUAGCUGAAAAGCAAAGAAGAGGCUUUUGUUUCACAGCUGUAAGGAGCUUUUUCUUCUUCCAAACAUUACAGGAGCGGUGAAGCAUCAUGGGGAAACACAACAGCAAGCUGGCUCCGGAGGUCCUGGAUGACCUGACCAAGAGCACCGAAUUCAACGAGGCAGAGCUCAAGCAGUGGUACAAAGGCUUCCUCAAAGACUGUCCCUCUGGCAUCCUCAACCUGGAGGAGUUUCAGCAGCUCUAUGUUAAGUUUUUCCCAUAUGGUGAUGCCUCCAAGUUCGCCCAGCAUGCGUUUCGGACAUUUGACAAAAACGGUGACGGGACAAUCGACUUCAGGGAGUUCAUCUGCGCCCUGUCCAUCACCUCCAGGGGCAGCUUUGAGCAGAAACUCAACUGGGCCUUCAACAUGUAUGAUCUGGACGGGGACGGGAAGAUCACACGCAUGGAGAUGCUGGAGAUCAUCGAGGCCAUCUACAAGAUGGUGGGCACUGUGAUCAUGAUGCGUAUGAACGAGGACGGGCUGACCCCACAGCAACGCGUGGACAAGAUCUUCUCCAAGAUGGACAAAGACCACAAUGAUGAGAUCUCCCUGGAAGAGUUUAAAGAGGCGGCCAAGUCUGACCCCUCCAUCGUCCUACUGCUGCAGUGUGACAUGCAGAAGUAGAGAGAUGGGUGGGUGGAAGAAACAGAGGGUGGGAUGAGAGGGACGGGGGAAGAGUUGAACUGACACAAGAGGAAGAAGGAGAAUGAGGGAACAGAGGGACUGGGGGAAUAAAGGGAAGGAUUUAGUUUGGGGGAGAGGAGGAGGAGGUAGGGAAGCCUUUUUUUUUUCGAGGUAGUGAUGACGUGUGUGUUGAUGUAAUGAGCCAUGUUUGGAACACAGUGGACCUCUGAUUGAUGCCAUUCUUUUCUUCCAGACCGUCCUGCUGUGCAGUACACUUCUGCAGCACUCCAGUUUCAGCCUAGCUGGGUGUCUUUACAAAUUCAAUCUGAUGCUGUGUGAAUAGCAGAAAUUCCUCAUGACAGAUUAUUGUCCUAAAAGACACUUUUUAAAGGAAUAGUUUGACCUUUUGGUUUGAUACUCUUAUUCCCUUUCUUUCUGAGAUUUAGUGGAGAAGCUUUAUACCACUCUCAUAACAUUGGGUAAGCUUAGCUUGGCUUAGCAUAAGUCAAGACUGAAAACAGGGAAACAGCUAGUGUGGCUCUCUUCAAGGGUAAAGAAAUCUGCCUACCAGCACCUCUAAGACUCACUAAUUGUACAAAGACUUAAGUGUAUACACAACAAGUUGCGGUAUUACAGGGGGUUUUGCCUGGCAAACACACAGAGCUAGGGUAGCUGCUUCCCUCUGGUUUCCAGUCAUUAUGCUAAGCUAAGCUAAUCAUCUCCUGGCUCCAGCUUCAUAUUUACCGUACAGUAAAUGAGAGCAAUACCAAUCUUUUCAUCUGUGUCUGUCAAGAAAGCAAAAACAUUUACUUUAAUGUCUUACUCUAGUGUAAAGUCUGGCACCCACAAUGUGUUUGGAGGCUGUGCACCAUGGGAUAAUUAGGAAAGGAAGUAAUGGCAUUAAACCAACAAAGGGACUGUUGUUGGGUCCACAUGGUCCAGAGAGGGACAGGAGAGAAGCAAAUGUUACGCUGAUAGCGAGAGAACUGUGUAAAUGAACAAUACCACGAGCUGUGUGUGAGUUUGUGUUCUGGUGUCCAUAUGUGUGUGAGUGUGAAUCUGAGAAUGUGUGUGGAGAUUUUAUGAGCAAAAUACACUUCACUGAACCCAGA